AGCCAGAUCUACAUAUUUAUCUGAAGAGGCAAUUAAAGAAAUUAAGGACUUGUCAGGUAAGGACCCUAAUAUUAUUCAUGCUAUGGCAAAAAAGUAUCAUAUAUCUCCUUCUCGUGUUAAAGAAUAUAUGGAAAAUCGUGAACGUAAACAACAAGUAAGAUAUCAGAAUGCUGAUAAUUUUUGGGAUAAGGAGAUUGAAUCCAUAUACGAUUUAUAUAGUGAACUCCCAUAUUAA